AUGUACAAGACAAGAUUGCAAGAGUUGUGCUACCGCUACCGAUGGAAGUAUCCAGAAUACGUCGAAACCAUGGAUGGUCCUCCACAUUUGCGUCUGUUUCAAGCUCGUGUUAUUGUGAAUGGUCAGUCCUUCGACUCCCAUGACCAAUUUAAAACCAAGAGGGCAGCACAAAAUGAGGCUGCCAGGAUGGCGUUCGAGCAUUUCUCUUCUCCGGAAUUUGCUCCCCCUGAAGAUGCUUUAAUUUCACGCAAAAAGGGUCUUUCAUGGGUGGGAACUGCUAAAAAGCCCAAUCAUGAAUUCAAAGAGAUUGAAUACACGUUCUCUGGUCCCUCGUCGGUGGAUCUUGCAUAUCUUCAAGAGCACGUGCAGCCUGAACUUCCCGCAACUCAUGUGGAGGAAGCUAAAGAAUUUCAAGGAAAUCCUGAUUAUAUGAUCCACACUUCUUUCGACUUCUACAAGUCGGACACUUAUAUCGCGCCUGGGGUUGGAAAUACCAGCUCAUCCAGCACCAGUGAUAUAGUAUACCCAGCCAAUCUCCUUAGGGAAGACAUAACCAUGGUGAAAUCUGUUGGGGAACAUCCUAAUUAUGUUCCUCCGCCGCAAUCCACCACCAAAUCUGAGGAGAAGAAGCCAUUUAUCGCUGUUGACUCAAACUUGUCUUCUGCAUCAGCUGUACGCAAAAGCAUUGAUGCGCUUGAUCCAACUAAAAAUGAAAAAUCUGCUGAAGCACCUAGAAGGAAAUCACUUUCUUCUAAAUCUACUACAAGUCUUGUCACAAAGCCGACAGCCUCACCAAAAUCUGAGACGAGAGCAAGGUCUCCUAACAGUCAAGGAAAAAGUAAAGCAACUGCUUCCGAUUCUUCAAGGUCAUCAACAAGCCGGAAGAAGUUCAACCUGCUGUCAUCACCGUCCUACUGGUUAUCUCACAUUAAGCUUUCCGAAUCAGCUUCAAAGCACUCAAUUUCGCUUGGUUUUUUCAAACUAGCAUUAGAAGCUGAAUGUGAACCAAUUCAGGUGCUAAAGGAUGCUGCCAUAUCCUACGCCAAUCGUCAUGAUCUCGGUGAACCGAUGAAAGAAGUUCUUCGGCUUUACAAUGUCCCUAAAUUCUCUGGAUCAACUGGUGCUGGAAUGAGCAAUCUGAAAAGAAGCAACAAAUGAUCUCUUAGUUUUUAUUUUUAUUUUUUGUUGAAUUCAUGUGUCUUGGCUGUUUGAGCAAUAUUCAAUCGUAGUUGAUUGAAAUA